AUGAGACCUUUCACAAGGACUCUGAGUCUCUUCGCCAAGUCCCUCGUCAAUCCGUCUUCAAUCGCAAGUCCAGCCCCGAGUUCCAAGCCUCUCAGAGCCAUCCUCUCGAGCUAUCUCCUCAAACGCACCAUGGCGACCUCCACCUCGCCCGUUCUCAAGAAGCCCCUCAAGCUGGCCUGCAUCCAGCUCGUCAGCGGCGCCGACAAAGCUGCGAACCUGUCGCAUGCGCGGGACAAGGUUCUGGAGGCAGCAAAGGACGGCGCGAAGCUGAUCGUGCUGCCCGAGUGCUUCAACUCGCCGUACGGAUGCGACUACUUCCCCUCCUAUGCCGAGACACUCCUCCCAAGCCCGCCGUCGAAAGAGCAAUCGCCCUCGUACCACGCGCUCUCGGCCAUGGCCGCCGAAGCCAAGGCCUUCCUCGUGGGGGGUUCGAUCCCGGAGACGGACCCGGACCCGGCGUCCAAGAAGUACUACAACACGUCGCUCGUAUUCGGGCCCGACGGCUCGCUGCUGGCGAGCCACCGCAAGGUGCACCUGUUCGACAUCGACAUCCCGGGCAAGAUCACGUUCCGCGAGAGCGACGUGCUGUCGCCGGGCAACAAGGUGACGCUGGUGGACCUGCCGGGUUACGGCCGCAUCGCCGUGGCCAUCUGCUACGACGUCCGGUUCCCGGAGCUGGCGACCAUCGCGGCGCGCCGGGGCUGCUUCGCGCUGGUCUACCCGGGCGCCUUCAACACGACCACCGGCCCGCUGCACUGGAGGCUGCAGGGCCAGGCGCGCGCCAUGGACAACCAGAUCUACGUCGCCAUGUGCAGCCCCGCGCGCGACACGACCGCCAGCUACCACGCCUGGGGCCACAGCCUGAUCGUGGACCCCAUGGCCCAGGUCACGGUCGAGGCGGACGAGAAGGAGGCGACAGUUGCGUGGGAGCUCGACGGUGCCAAGAUUGACGAGACGAGGAGGAACAUCCCCAUUACGACCCAGAGGCGGUUUGACGUCUACCCCGACAUCAGCCAGGGGAAGAUCAGCUUCGAAGAGCCCAAUGCGCCAAAGUAG